CUCCAUCGUAGCGGCUCUGCAAAGGGCCACGUGGUGUCAAUCAGCAAUUCUCUCAUCACUCUGACAACAGAACACACUUUAUCCAAUAUCCAUGUCACCGCCACCAAAAUACACAGACGUUGUCUGCAUUGGCACCGGUCUCUCAGGGAUUGCACUCGGCGCACGCCUAAAGACCCACUACCCGCACGCGAGCGCGCACUUCUACGACCGGAAUACAAACCUGGGUGGGACCUGGCAUGCGAAUACGUACCCAGGCGCCGCGUGCGAUGUCCCGAGCGUGCUCUACAGCUUUAGCUUCGCCAUGAAUGCUGCCUGGUCGUGCAUAACACCGCCGCAGGAGGAGAUCAAGGAGUAUGCGCUAGGGGUCGCGAGGGAGUAUGGGAUUCCCGAGAGGGCGACCUUAGGGGCCGAGGUUUUGGGCUGUGAGUGGGUGGAAGGGAGGGGGGUUUGGAAAGUUAGGGUUCGGAGGAAGGGACAGGGGGAGGAGAAGGAGGAGUGGGAACAUGAGUGCCGGGUGCUGUUUAGUGCUGUUGGGGGGUUGGUAUAUCCGAAUGUUCCGGAGGUGGAUGGGAUGGAGGAGUUCCAGGGGAGGAUUUGCCAUUCGGCAGAGUGGGAUCAGGCUAUUGAGUUUAAAGGCAAGGACGUAGUAGUCGUUGGCAAUGGCUGCACCGCCUCACAAAUCGUCCCGGCGGUUGCAGAGGUCGCUGCGUCGGUAACCCAGAUCGUCAGGAGCGCGCAUUGGCUAGUCAAGGCUCCUAAAAUAAAUUACACUCCAAGGAUCCAAUGGAUAUUCCGGAACAUCCCGUUGGUAAACCGACUUCACAGAUUCCUGAUAUUCCUUGUGAUGGAGGACGCUUUCCAUCUCUUCGGUGGUAGCGAGAGCUCUAAAAAGUAUCGAGCGAGGCGAAGGCCUGUGUUGGAAAAAUACAUGCGGGAGGCAUCGCCGGAAAAGUAUCACGACAUAUUAAUCCCCGAUUAUGAGGUCGGGUGUAAACGAAGAGUCCUCGACGUUGACUACCUAAAAUGCCUCCACAACUCACACGUAACCCUAGCCAAAUCCGCCAUAACGCGAAUAACCCCAACCGGCAUCCAAACUUCCACCGACACACACUACAAAGCACAAGUAAUAAUCUUCGCAACCGGCUUCAAAACUUGCUACUUCCCGUUGCGCAUAAUCGGCAGACAGGGUGUCAGCAUGACCGAUCACUUUGCCGGAUUAGGUGGUCCGGGCGCGUACAAGACCACCGCUUUGCAUGGGUUUCCCAACUUCUUCAUGCUUCUAGGACCGAACGCCGCGACGGGACAUACCUCUGCGCUCAUGGCGAUCGAGAAUACUAUUGAAUAUGCGUUGAAGGUGCUGCGACCAGUGUUGGGGAGGGGGGCGAGGGGGGCGGCAGUGGAGGUUAGGCGAGAGAAGGAGAGGAAGUGGGUUUCAAGCGUUCAGAAGGAGCUGGCGAGGAUGGUGUGGAGCUCUGGGUGUAAGACUUGGUACAACAACGAAUCUGGCUGGAACGCCAUGACCUAUCCAUGGUCCCAGACACACUUCUGGUGGCAUUCGCUGUGGGUUAGGUGGGAUGAUUGGAUUGUUACUUAUAACGAAACACCAACCUCCUCACCCACAAAAAACCUCCUCUUGUUAAUUUCUUUCGUGGUGGUCUGUGCGUGCGCCCUGUUGUUUGGGGAGUCCAGUAAGGUGUACAGUAGGAUUGCUUCGGUCGUUUAUGAGUCGGAGGAAGGGACGAGGGAGAUGUAUAUUUGAAAGCAGUGAGCACUUUAGAGCCCUUUAUCGGUUUGUUGCGAAAUUUUUACAGCUUGGGUAGAGUUGGAGUUGGAUUGGUAGCAUAUACAACUAUUAUAUGAAUGAUACGAAAUGCGUUUUAUAACAUA